CAAAAACAAUAUUUUGAAGAAAUGGUGAGAAAAUUGGAUUAAAUGCUGAGUGAAUGCAACACCAAUUGGCAAUUGAUUUGAAUGACAAAGCGUUGCAUUGAUAGUGAAAGACGUGUCAAACAUAGCAUUCAUUGCAACAGUAUUUGGUGUGAGUUUGCGAGACAUAUGCGUAAACCCUUUGGACCCGUAAUACCAGUGUUUGUGUGUCCGUGCCGUCAGUUUUGCACUCAUUUCAGGCAUACAUUCACUUCAAUGCCAUUCAAUUGACUCAAUCAUUGAAAUCUGCAUUUCGUUUAAUCAGUCAUUUACACUAUGAAGACGGCGCUUGACUUGUCGACCAAACACGACAAUUCAAGAUCUCCCGUAACUAAUGAUGUUUUAAAUGAUAUGACUGAAAGCAACACAAUGAAUACAAUGAGUGCUAACAAUGAGAUUCCUCUCGAUUUGUCGGCAAACAGUAAUAAUUUGAAUUCGUUUAACCCGUCGAUCGGUAAAUGGAUGUAUGAAAGGGACGACUACAUCAACGCCAUGGCAAAUGAUUUGAAUAUGAAUGCCAUGAAUACUAAUCACAUGGGAUCUCAAGAACUCAGUUCAGACUCAGAUGAUAUCGUAUUCAUUGAUUCCAUAAAUCCUGGUCCGAGUGGUGUUAAUGUCAACAAAAGCAAUGAUGUCUUAAAGACAGACUGUGAUUCAAUAGAAGCAUUAGAUUUAGACUUAGACUUCAAUUACAUCGAAACCAUAAACAGUGAUAUCAUAACUCUGGACGACUUGAACAGCGAUGACGACAGCGCUGAUGUCGACGCCAACGACUCCAAUGAUGUGGAGAUAAUUAAAGUGAAGUUCUAUAACGAACCGAUUGGAAUGGACUCAGAGAUCGAGGUGUUGUCGGAGAUCCUCACUCCCAAAGAGGUGAUAGACUUCAUGCGCGUCAAUAUGAGACCCAUUCAGGAGUCGACACAACUGUCGUUCACAACGAUUCGUAUAAUUAUGAAUAAAUACGAGUGGAAUCGCAAUCACUUUGUCGACCAGUUCUUUCAUCUGGGAAUCCAAGCCAUUCUCAAUCACUUCAAGUUUGUCAUCAAUUACGAGCUCAAGAGAAACGCCAAAAGACGCAAAACUCACCAUAAGGUGAGCCAUAGUAGUCACGCAGUCAACUCGAAAGAGAAUGUGAGCGCCACGGGAGCUACCGGUGCCACUGGUGGCACCGACACCACUGACGCCAAUUUAGAUCUGAAGACAUGUUUGGUUUGUUUCGACGAAAUCAAUAAGUCUGAUAUGUAUGGCAACGUUUGCGGGCAUUAUCUCUGCAUUGAUUGUUGGAAUCAAUACAUCGCUACUCACGUGAAGGACGGCUCGAGUCUGGACCACAUCUCAUGUCCGGGCGAUAACUGUCCGCAGAUUAUGGACGACGACGACAUAAUUAGUAUUAUUGAGGAACCGAUGAUUUGUGAUAAAUACCGACGACUCAUAUCCAAUAAGUUUGUGGCCAUCGAGAAGCAGCAGUUGCGGUGGUGUCCUAAUGGCGACUGUCUUCACGCCGUGCGCGUCAAGGAGGCCGGCGCCCAAGACGUGGAAUGCGUUUGUAGGACAGUCUUCUGCUUCGAGUGCGGCGAUCAAUGGCACGAACCGCUGAAGUGCGAGCUCUACAAGAACUGGAUCCAGAAGUACGCGUCGGCAACGAUGGACCCGAAGUCCGUCAAAUGGCUUACAAAGCAUACGAAGUGUUGCCCGAAGUGUAUGUUCCCGAUCGAGAAGAACGGCGGAUGUAAUUACAUAAUGUGCAGCAAAUGUCGCCAUCAGUUCUGUUACCAGUGUUUGGGCCGUUGCUCUCACGGCAGGUGUUUGGGUCAGAACGCGGCCGACGCUCUCGAGGCUCAGGCCAGCGACAGCCUCAUGAAGAUGGAUAUGCAGGCCUACCCUCAGUUCAAGGCUCGCUAUCAGGCACAGGGAAAACAACUGGCCGCUGAACGCACACUCCAAGAGCGUGUCACUAAAAAGCUCGAGCGAGAUGUCAAGAGUCUGGAGUUCCGGUCGUCCCUCAAGUUCCUUAAGUCGGCGUUCACUGUGUUGUGUCACUGCCGCCAAACACUCAUGUAUUCCUAUGUAUUCCGCUAUUACGCCAAUAGUCAGCCCCAUGUUAUGCUUGAUUACGACAAACACAUGGAGAGACUGGAGACCAUAACUGAUGAGUUGUCUAAAGUGUUGGUGAGGGAGACCCCAGUCAUCACCAAAGACGCCAUUCCUUAUAUGAAACGCAAAGUGCAGUCCACAUAUCGCGAGUGUGAAGGCAAACGGGCGGCGCUCGUCCAGUAUAUCAGGAAUGGUGACGAUCUUAACGUAUGGACUUUUAAACCAUUAUAACCCCAAUUCAAUUGAAAUUUGUGCGA